CAUAUACUGGUUCAUUUGCUUGGAUGACGUGUAGAAGAUUUUUGUUACAUUCAAACUCCGGUCCACCGAAAUAGCAAGUAAUUCACGAAUUCCGGAUAUUCUGACGAGAUAUGAAGAUCAGUUUACUUUUAUUGGCAAGUUAAGAACGAGUUUCAUCAAUUUUUUAUUAGGAUAGAGUAAGAUAAGAUAGGUUAAUAUAGGUUUGGAGGACGUAAAGAUAUUGGAUCAAAAAUGGCACUGAUGACGAUGAUAGCCCGGGUUGUCGACGGGCUCCCACUGGUUGGAACGAUGCAAGAGGAUGAACAAUCAGGCAGAAGCGUGUUGGAGUACCAGAAUCAGGCUAAAAUGCUUUUUCGUAAAUUGGGUCCAAACUCCCCAAGUCGAUGCAGCAUUGAAACAGGUCCUUAUCUUUUCCACUACCUUAUCGAAAAUGAGGUAUGCUAUCUAGUUCUUUGUGAUAAGAUGUUUUCCAAGCGUAUCGCCUUCAACUACCUGGAGGACAUUGCCCAAGAAUUUCACAAAACGUUUGGCCGAAAAGUGAAUUCGGUUACGCGGCCGUAUGCUUUCAUAGAAUUCGACAUCUACAUACAAAAGGCAAAGAAAUCAUUAACUGAUCGGCGAAGGAACAUAAAUACCAUAAAUACCCAGUUGCAGGAUGUUCAGCGGAUUAUGGUUCAAAAUAUCGAUGAUGUCUUACAACGUGGCACCGUUUUGUCGGAGUUGGACACCAAAACUCAGAAUUUGUCGAUGCUCUCGCAAAAGUAUAAAAAGGACGCCACAUAUCUGAACAGGAAGUCUUUGUACGUGAAAGGAGCAGUUGCGGCAAUUGUUAUAAUAGUGUUUGUUUUAUACUUUUGGGUUCUUUAAUCUCUUGCAAUUUCGUCGUUGUUGGUGAGACAAUAGGUAAAAAUCGUCUUUUGUGUAGGAUAAGAAGUAAACCAAGAUAACAUUCUGCGUUCUUGAUACUUCAGGCCAAUUUGUAGAAAGGGACAAUGGAUGCGUAACAAACGAGUGUUAAUUGAUAUUCUCUGUUCCAAUGUGUUUUGUUUUAAUAAUAAGGAAUUUUUGUAGUUGGUUUACAGAAAAAUAUACAUCUAUUUCAAUUUCCUGAUAA